AUGAAUAACUCACAUAAUCAUCAACAGCAAGAGAAUCAUAGGAUCAACAGGGGAUCUCACAAGAGCACAAUUCCCCAUGAAGUUAAUAAACCAUUUAAGUUACACCAAUUUAGUUUGGCUUCAGGAGCGAGCAUUGUGGAGAACUUUCUUAGUUCUGGCCGCCUUCCUGCGGUUCCCGCCACAAGUAUGAUGAAAUCUAUGUAA